GCUCAGACCGUCGUAAAAUUAUCGGCAGGGCAUACGUCGAAUAUGUAGGUUAAUAUCACAAAAGUGAACGGAGCGCCCACGACUAACGUAAUGACAUUAAAUAUCGUAUUUCAUAUUAUCGGUAUACUGUCUGUAUACAUGAAAGGGGCGGACAAACUUUUGCACAGAGAGUAAAUUUUUAGCGUCGCGUCCGCAGUCGAGUACGAGCUAUCAAAUUAUCGACUGCUAGUUGUUGGCAUGUUCAAUCAGAAAUAAGGGAGAACGUUAAAAAAUUACUCGUGGAGGAUCGAUCGAAGUUUCGGUGGAAUUUUCAUCGCUCCGAACCAUCGCGUGUGUUUCAUUACAGAGUGUGCGUCGAAAUGAGGGCUUCCAAAACGUUGAUUCCAUGCUACCUCGUAUUAAUCUACGUUCAAAUUUGCCACGGAGAAUUGAAAUUGAUCCAAGUCGUAUUCCGACACGGCGACAGAGCACCCAGUAGUCAAUUUAGAUAUUACUACCCGUCGGAUCCGUACGUAAAUGAGACUUGGCAUCCGGAGGGAUGGGGUGGUUUGAACAACGAUGGUAAAAUGAGAGCUUAUGAUCUCGGCGUAUUUUUGAAAGAAAGGUACGGCGAAUGGCUGGGCGACGUUUACCUGAAGGACGAGGUCGAGUUUCGGAGCAGCAACCGUGAUCGAACGAUAAUGACGGCUCAACUCGUAGCGACGGCACUUUUUCCACCGAGUGAAAUUCAGAAGUGGCAUCCGGACUUGGCGUGGCAACCGAUACCCGUGUUCUCGGAUCCAUCAUUGUCGAAAACUUUCUAUAACUCGCGAUCGAAAUGUCCAAGGUUGAUAGCCAUGCGUGAGGAGCUGACAAAAACUGACAAACAUUUGUUGAAACGCGACGAACAGUUGAACGAAUUUUACCGGUUCCUAAGUACGAAAGUAGGCAGCGACGUUGGCCAGUACCAGAGUUGGAUCAUUCACGAUCAGCUUACUGCAGAGUCAGGUGAAAACAUCGGUCUACCCGAUUGGGCGGUGGAAAUUUUACGCGAAGGAACUCUCGAGGAAAUCGCCGGGUACGAUUACGUCAUCCAGUCUUACAACAAGUCGAUGAUUCAGCUGAACGGGGGGCAAUGGAUUCGGGAAUGGCUGGAGCACGUAGAUUCUUACUUGAGCGAAUCACCACCUCGCCUGGGUCCCAAAGCAUUUUUUUACUCGGCCCACGAGUACAACGUGGCAGGAAUUUUGUCGGCCCUUGGAGUCUUCGAGCCGCACGUCCCGGCAUUUUGCAACGCAGUGAUGCUCGAGCUCGCCAAAAUUCAGGACAACUUCUGCGUCAAGGUUUUGUAUAAAAAUAAAGACAUCGUCCAGCAGUUGGUCGUUCCAGGAUGCAACGAGGUCAACUGCCCUUUGGAAAAGUUCCGUAAACUAAUGGAGGACGUUAUCAUCGAUAAGGAUGUAAAAGCUGCGUGCGCUGUAUAACGACGACGAUCGCGCUUUCGAUCGAAUUGAUCGGAAACUCAGUGCUAGCCGAUGAUAAAGAAAUAUUCAUCGUCAUUUGGAAAAUGUGCUUCGUCGUUUGAGUUUUUUUUUUAAUUUUUUUAAUUUACUCACGAGACUCUCGUCCCGUUUUGGAUGACGACACGAGAUAUAAUUCCUCGUAUAUCGUGAACGUUUUCGCACUGUAUCAUUUUUGCGUUCUUCAACCGCGUUUCGAAAUUUCUUUUGAAAUGGUUCACCGACUCUAAUCGUAUGUUGUUGACUUUUUAACCGUAUGUUAUACUUGUUUCCGACUGACCGUUAUCCGAGUGUGUAGUGCAAGUAUUUUUUAGCUGUCGAGCAUGCGUUUAAAAACACGUUAGUUACGCGGUACGCGAGAGUUCUUAUUUAUUCGUGUUUUCAUUUCGUUGUAUCUCGAGCUUUUGCGUAUAAAAUAACAGUGAGGAUUGCGACUCUCUUCGCUUUUAUGACCGGGAUUAAUCUUUUAUCGAGCAAAUAUGUCGCCACGUUAAUUACUGAGGAAGUGAAGAGCGAAUGAUGAAGCGAUUGACUGAUUAAUGACAUGUCAAUCAACGUCAUGCGAAAACUUGCGUUAUCUUCGGGUAUAGAAAUAUUGUUUUUGUAUCAUUGGUAAAUAUAAUGUUGUCGUAUAAAAUGGUAAACUGUACACAGAUAUAAUAAUAAAAUAUCCUAUUAACGUAACGUAAAUCUAGUAACAAAACACCCCUUAAAUAUACAUUAUAGUGAUCAAGUUGAUGGAAAUAAAUAAAUUGACUCGAAUCAAUUGGAUAAAAAUAAUAAUAUGUCGGUUGACACGUUCGCGGUUAUAUUGGUUCGCAAAAAUACCUAAAUUCACUAAUAUUUG